CGUCAUUUGGAAGCUGCCGCGCAGAUCUUUACACAACGCGAAGUGGAGAGAAUUUGUCAUAAGCACUUCAUCGCAGUCCCGAUCGGAGUGCGCUAUGCUAUUCCGGAAAGCGUAACGGUGAAAGCUGCAGCUAGGAUUGAUCUUUUUGGUGGUUGGUUGGAUACACCACCGAUCACUUUACACGCUAGUCCUUCGGCUGUUAUAAACAUGGCAAUUCUUGUGGAUGGG